AUGGAUAUGGAGAAAGUCAACUCCAUGGGCUUCAGGGAAUUUGUGGAUGUGUUUGGGAACAUCAUUGAAAAAUGCCCUCUGGUCGCAGCUGCUGUGUGGUCCCAGCGUCCAUUCUCUGACUUGCAAGACUUAGAAAAUCACUUUUUUGCUUUUAUCGAUGCUCUUCCAAGAUCAGGCCAGGAGGGCAUCCUGCGUUGUCAUCCGGACCUAGCGGGCCGUGAUCUGCAGCAGGGCACGCUCACCGCCGAGUCGCAGCGCGAGCAGAGCCAAGCGGGCCUCACCAGCUUGGACGCGGAUGACCGGCUGCGGCUGCAGCAGCUCAACGCGCGGUACAGAGAGCGCUUCGGCUUCCCGUUUGUGCUGGCUGCGCGCCUGAGUGACCGCGACGCGGUGCCCCGGGAGCUAGCCCGCCGGCUGCACUGUCAGCCAGAGUCCGAGCUGCGUACCGCUCUGGGCGAGGUGAAGAAGAUCGGCCACCUGCGCCUGGCAGAUUUGCUAGGCGCCGAUCCUGCCAGGGUGGAACCGCCCCGGAGCUGGAGAUCCGAACGCCAGUAA